AUGGAUUGUGGAGGUAAAAUUGGUGGAAGUGAAAGAAGUGGGCCUUGUGGUGCUUGCAAAUUCCUGAGGAGAAAGUGUGUGAAGGGUUGCAUAUUUGCACCAUACUUUGACCCUGACCAAGGAACUGCUCAUUUUGCUGCUGUGCAUAAGGUUUUUGGUGCUAGCAAUGCCUCUAAGUUACUCAUGCGUAUCCCAGUUCAUAAACGUCUUGAUGCUGUUGUUACUCUCUGCUAUGAGGCUCUGGCUAGGGUUAGAGACCCUGUUUAUGGUUGUGUUGGUCACAUCUUUGCUCUUCAACAACAGGUCAUGAACUUGCAGGCAGAGUUAACAUAUGUUCAGGCCCGUCUUGCCACCAUGCAGCGCCUACCAAUCCCAGUAGCUCCUCCUCCUCUUCCACACCUUCAAAGUUCUUCACCAACAAGUCUUCAUUCUUCCUCAGAUCACUUGGCAUCAAAUGCUGACAUGCAAAUUGCCUCUAACAUAUCCAUGCACUUUGAUCCUCUCCAACCACAUUCAACAUCAUUUGACUUAAGCAGCUUUUUCAAUCCAUCAGAUCAACAACUCGAGGAUGGGGAACUCCGUGUUUUGGCUCGAGAAUUUGUGUCCAGGUACUUGCCUGGAGUAAGAUUCCAGCCACCUAAUUCUCACUGA